AUGGGGCUCAGGAAGGAGGAUUGGGAUGGGGCUCAGGUAGGAUUCGGUUGGGCCUCAGGAUGUUUGGGUGGCAUUGUGAAGACAGAAAACAGUGUCACUGCGGUCUUAGGAUUAGAUGUCUCUCUUACGUGUUAUUACGAGGCCCAAGAACAAGAGAAAGUGACUCAAGUUAUCUGGUCAAAGAAGGUGAAGAGCGGUCAGAACGUGCAGCUGGCGGUCCUCAACACAGAGUUUGGGGCUUAUGUCCCCCAAGAGUAUGAAGGAAGGGUAAAGGAAAAGUCUCCUCUGAAGGCAGAAGAUGGCAGCAUUAUCCUGAAGAACGUUGUCCAGGCGGAUGAAGGUGCCUACCAGUGUCGGGUCUACACCUUCCCAGCAGGGACCUUCGAGGCUGAUGUGGAGCUGAAGGUUCUUGUGCCACCUUUGCCAACAUUGAAUCCCGGCCCACCACUGGUAGAGGGAGUGGGCCUGAGCCUUGCCGCCUCCUGCACAGCUGAAGGGAACCCUGCUCCCAGCCUAAUAUGGGAGACAGACGUGUCUGGGAAGAACACUACGCGCACUUUUUCUCACACUCGAUCAGCCUCGGUGACUAGUGAGUUCUACGUUGUCCCAACUCGCAGUAUGCACAAAAAGCUGCUGACCUGUGUGGUGUUUCACCCUGUGUUCCAGCAGGAGAAGAGGCUGGUGCAUCCGCUGGAGGUGGAAUACUUGGCUGAUGUCACCGUACAAGGACAUGAACAUUGGUUUGUUGGAAAAAAUGAUGCGGCUCUGAAGUGUGUCUGUGAUGGGCACCCGGCCCCCCGAUACUCCUGGUCCAG